AUGCUGUCACGAGCUCGUCUGCAUCCGCACCAUAGCCCCAAUGCCUAUAUACCGAGUCCUGAGCAACUGUCGAGUCAACACCGUCUGCCCCCGGCUCUUAAACAGCACGACAGUCACGAUGCCAACGAUGAAUAUGGAAAUCUUCAGGCAGGCAGGAAAAGGCGUGAGUCGGAGAUGGAUCCUACGAACGAUUCUGGCGAUGGCGGGAACGUCAAACGUCGAAUAAGUCGAGCCUGCGAUCAAUGUAACCAGUUGCGGACGAAAUGCGAUGGCAAGAACCCUUGUGCACACUGCAGCGAGAUUGGAUUGCUGUGUGAGUAUGCCCGCGCACACAAGAAGCGAGGCAGAGCACCGAAAAGGGUCCAAGAAGGCCAACCAGAAGAGCACAACUUGAGCAGUAAGGCUGCGGCAAUGGACAACCAGACGUCCUCAGCACCUGCAAGGAAAUGUUCUAACACAUCAUAUAUGAGCACAUACAGUAAUCGAGAACAAACUCUUCCCACAAACCCAACUCUUACUGGUGCAACAUUCGGAAUAGGUCCUCAUGCAACGUACUAUGAUGGCUACAAUGCCAACAAUGCCUUGGCCAUGAACGAUACUGCUGCAAUGGUUUCAAUUGCUCAACAAAAUUUUGCCAAUACUACCUCGUACCCAGCAAAUGGCUUGGACAGUAUGCAACAAGAUUUUGGCUUCCCACUUGGUGAUGAUUAUUCCGUGGCGUUUAUGGGCAAGGCUCCUAUGGUAGAAUCGCCAGACUGGAUGGCUCUUACUACACCAGCUUAUAUGCAAGGGUCACCUUUCAUAGCUGCACAACCACGUUUUGUAGAGAACCUGCGUUACCCCGUCCUGCGGCCCCUAUCAUUACAUAUCGAACCAAUCAUGCCACAGGCGUCAGCAUGUGAUUUGCUAGAGCAUUAUUUUGCAAGUUCGACAUCUACGUUCCUGCGUCCCUCGAAUCCUUACGUGCUUGGACACAUAUUCAGGAAAGACUCCAUACUCCACGCGACUGAUCCGCGCCCCUGCACCCCAGCUUUACUAGCAAGUAUGUUGUGGAUAUCGGCGCAGGUCAGCGACGCCGCAUUCUUGACGUCUCAGGUUGAUGCGCGAGGAAAGGUCUGCCAGAAACUGCUAGAACUGACCAUCAACAUGCUGAACCCUUUGAUCCAUGAUUCUUCGGGUAUAGUAAUCGGAACUGCUGGAUACAAUACAGGGACACAAACAGAUGCAGGUCUAGCAAGUCUUGUGGUCUCCACAGAUCACAAUGGGAACAACCAGGCACGCCGAGGGCAAAUCGACAACUUGGCCACAUAUAUCCAUCUUGCAACGGUCGUAUCUGCUAGUGAAAGAAAAGCAGCCAGUUUGCGCUGGUGGAAUGCAGCAUGGUCAUUGGCUAGGGAACUAAGACUUGGACGCGAACUCCCAGAAGAAACACUUGACGACCAAUCGACAUCUGCCGCGGGGAACCACGCAGCUGGCGAAACCGAGAAUCGUAAGACCUCCUUCAGCGACAACUCUCGUCAGCCUGCUGCUCGCCUGGCACACGUCACUGAGGAGGAGCGGGAAGAACGACGUCGAGCUUGGUGGCUGCUGUACAUGCAAGACAGGCAUUUGGCGUUAUGUUACAACCGCCCCACGUCCUUUCUCAACAAGGAGUGUGAGGAUCUCCUGCAGCCACUGGAUGAUGAUGUCUGGCAGUCAGGACGUUUUGAAACUGUACAUUCAAAGAAUCGCAAACGUGGUCUCAACAUCGAGUGCACUUCACACAGUGUCUUUGGCUAUUUCUUACCUUUGAUGGUCAUUCUAGGGGAGAUCUUGGACCUUAAUCACGCUCGUAACCGUCCUCGCUUUGGUCCUAAGGCGCGACAGCCACGAAAUUGGGACGAUCGUGUUGAUGAGAUAACUCAACAACUAGAAAUCUAUGGUCAAAGUCUACAGGCUUUUGAGAGAUCACACAACCAGGAAUUAGAGCACAAUUUAAGCGAUACCGUAACACCGUGUGUGGCUUCAUGUGGUACGGAGCAGGACUCUGCCGAGCUCAGCCUGCAGACGAAAACCGUCGUGUCGUAUGGCACGCACAUCCUAAACGUUCUGCACAUUCUACUGACGGGUCGAUGUGACCCCAUCGCUCUUCUGGAUGACAUGAUGUGGCUUUCGUCACAGUCUUUUGUGAACGCAACUGGAAAUGCAGUGAAAGCAGCUGAAGCAGUUGCUGACAUUAUUGAACACGACCCUGAUUUAAGCUUCAUGCCGUUCUUCUUCGGCAUUUAUCUCUUGCAAGGAAGCUUCUUGCUUCUGCUCUUUGCAGAAAAGCUACAAGGUGAUGUUAGCGCCGAUGUUGUCAAGGCCUGUGAAACAAUUGUGCGUGCCCACGAGGCUUCAAUUGCAACGCUGUCGACACAAUAUCAAUUAAACUUCAGAAAGGUAAUGCGAUCAGCCUUGCAGCAGGUUCGUGGUCGAAUACGAGAAGAUGCUACAGAGCAACAACAAAAGUGGCGUCGAGAGAUCCUCAAAUUGUACAGAUGGACAGGAGAUGGCACCGGUCUUGCCUUGUGA